AACAGCCAAUCGCGCACUACAUGUAUUAUCUACAUAAUCUUAUCACCACAAAUGAAACAAACAACGGUUAAUUUUGAGUAUAUAUAAGCCAAAGAAAGGAGCUUCGAAGCAUCAGUACCUCCUCUGGAGUAAUACGACGACCAAGCAAGCACCACUUCAAAGAUGAAAAUCGCACUGGCACUGUUGGCCCUCGUGGCUACGGCGACCUCCGCCAACGUCCAUGUCCAUAGUCCGGGAGUUCAGGAUCUGACCGAAGAUUUCCGGGACUUUUUGGCACUCAUACCACAAGACAAGUUAAUAGCACUCGCUAUUAAAUAUAUGUCCGAGGACAAGGACUUCCAAGGCAUGAUCGCAUACUUCCAAAGCGAAGAAUUCAGAGGUCUCGUGAAGAACGUCGAAGACAUGCCGAAAGUUCUCGAAUUGAUAUUCAAAGUACAUAGCAUGGGCGUUGACAUCUACACAUAUAUAAACAAAAUGAACGAUAUGCUCCACCUGCCUCACAUUGAGCCGCCCACGAAAGCCCAGUUUUACGCCAAAGAUUGCGAGAACAACGGAAUCCGUAAAUUCCUCGACGAAGCCGAAGCCUUGAUUCCCUUCGAUAAAAUGAAGGCCCUCUACGACGAAAAAAUGAAAAAUUCCGAAUCUUGGAAAAAGUUAAUAAACGAACUCAAAUCUGACGAAUUCCAACAGAUCGUCAACGAUGUCUUUAAAUUGCAAGCUGUCAAGGACCUCGUAAACAAAGCUAAGGAGCAAUGCAUCGAUGUUGCACGCAUCAUACAAGUGAUAGAGGAGAUGUUGGGCAUCAAAAUUCCUGAUACUCGAUACUAACAUUAUCAUGAAACUUGGAACCCCUUUUUAUCACCAGAUCAAUGGCAUUUUUUCUAAAAGAACUUGUGUCGUCUUGCAAAUUUUAAAUCUGGCUAUGUAAAUUCUGUACCUCGCAGUUGUAUAAAAUAACAAAUACAAAUCUUAUUACUAUG